AUGGCUACGGACGAGCCAUUCUCAGGACCGAUAUCCGAGAGUGUUCCGUCUAGUGUGACUGGUUUUGUGUACCAGCGACCAAGGCGGCGACAGGGUUCCAUCUCGAGCUUCACCUAUUUCCAAGAUGAGGACGAAUCUCCUGACUACUCGGAUGAGGAGGCCAUUUUGGAUGUUAGUGACGAAGAGGAUGGACAUAUACAUGGAGAGGAUCGAGAUCUAGAGGCAGGGCAAAUUGAAUCUCUCCGACACAAGCCCUCCGGUCGAUUCAGAACUUCGUCUGACCAGCCGCUUCUUGGGAGGCGUGGUUCGGCUCGCAGUGAGGCUCAAGAACUUGGGGAAGCAGGCAACUUCAGCCAAAAAUUAUACAUUGAAACUGAAGAUUUGACCAUGGUCAUUGCCGGGUUUUCGACCAGCUCCAUCGGCUAUCCGGUGUACCUGGCAAUAUGCAUUCUGACCUUUGGCAUUGGCUAUCUCGUCCUACGCUGGAUGCCGCGGUGGCGCAUAUCACUAGUUGGCUCCCCUGCUCCCCUCAAGAGUUGUUCUUGGGUUGUCAUAGAGAAUCAAUGGGGCGAAUUCACCGUUCAUUACGUUGCUGUCGAGGAAUAUGGUCACCCGAUGUCAUCCGUCUUCACGCGCUCCAGAAAGGAGAAAAUCAAUGGAUAUCGAUAUGACGGAGACGUCGAAUUACCUUUCCUACGUUUCCUCGACUAUCGGUACAUGAGACUUCUCUACUAUCCAAUCGAGGAUAAAUUUGUCCUCAAUAACGACUGGUGGGAUCCGCAAUGGACGUCUGUAAAAGCUCUCCGAGAGGGCCUCGACUCUGAAGAGAGGGAUCCCAGGGAUCAAGUCUUUGGCAAGAACAUGAUUGAGAUACAGCAAAAGACUAUCCCAGAAUUGCUCCUAGACGAGGCCUUCCAUCCUUUCUACGUCUUUCAAGUCGCAAGUCUCAUUUUGUGGUCCUUGGAUGAGUACUACUACUAUGCUGCCGCUAUUUUCUUGAUAUCUGUCUUUUCAAUCACGACUACCGUCGUCGAAACUCGAUCGACGAUGCGACGUUUAAGAGAGAUAUCACGCUUCGAGUGCGACGUCCGAGUUCUUCGCAAUGGGUUCUGGCGAUCUGCUCUGUGCAGUGAUCUGGUUCCUGGGGACGUCUACGAGGUCUCGGACCCGUCCCUGACACAGAUCCCUUGUGAUAGUCUCCUUCUAUCUGGUGAUUGUAUCAUCAAUGAAAGCAUGCUCACAGGCGAAUCUAUUCCGGUGUCCAAGAUUCCUGUUGUCGACGAAGCACUACCCUAUAUUAACCUUGGAGCCACUUCAAUACAUCCUAGCGUUGCUCGCUAUUUCCUUUUCAGUGGAACUAAGAUCAUCCGCGCUCGACGACCGCAAGAUACCGAUGAUGAUGAAGCUGUUGCACUUGCGAUGGUCGUCCGCACUGGUUUCAACACCACGAAAGGCGCUCUUGUCCGAUCAAUGCUCUUCCCGAAGCCUUCAGGCUUCAAAUUCUAUCGGGAUUCCUUCCGAUACAUUUCUGUCAUGGGAGGUGUUGCUGGGGUGGGGUUCAUCGCCUCGUUCAUAAACUUUGUGAAGCUCGGGUUGGCCUGGCAUCUAAUCGUGGUGCGAGCCUUGGAUCUGAUUACUAUUGUCGUCCCUCCAGCGCUUCCAGCGACUCUGACUAUUGGGACAAAUUUUGCCUUGUCCCGCCUGAGAAAGCAGCAAAUCUUCUGUAUAAGCCCGCAAAGAGUCAACGUUGCGGGCAAGCUCGAUGUGGUAUGUUUUGACAAGACAGGAACACUGACUGAAGAUGGACUGGACGUCCUCGGUGUGAGGCUCGUGCAGCACCCAGAGAUUCGAUUUGGAGAUAUCUUAGAGGAGGCUCAUGAGGUCCUACCUCCAGCACCAUACGACCGCGAUCCAACUGUCGACUACCGCGUGAAUCGAAAUAUGUUAUACACAAUGGCAACUUGUCAUUCACUUCGGUUGGUUGACGACGAGCUAAUAGGUGACCCUCUCGAUCUUAAGAUGUUCCAGUUUACAGGUUGGUCGUUUGAGGAAGGGUCCCGAAACACAAACCACUUCAUCGAGCCUGGGACUCAACAAACAGCACCUAGUGUGGCUCGCCCUCCUCCAGGACUGGAGUAUGAUCUGGAUGAUUCUCAAGACAAUGCUAACCCAGUACGUGUCGAACUGGGCGUCCUUCGCUCCUUCGAAUUCGUUUCACAUCUGCGGCGAGCCAGCGUCAUCGUUCGUCAACAUGGUGAUCCUGGUGCGAGUGUCUAUGUCAAGGGUGCCCCUGAGGUCAUGAAGGAUAUCUGCACUCCCUCCAGCAUACCCGACGACUUUGAAGAUCUCCUCAGUUACUACACGCACAAAGGAUUUCGCGUCAUCGCUUGCGCCUCAAAAUAUGUUUCCAGGUUGAGUUGGGACGAAGUCCAGAACAUGGACCGCUCAGAGGCCGAAUCGAGGCUUCAGCUGCUUGGUUUCAUCAUAUUCGAGAACAAAUUAAAGGAAAUCACGACCGAGAUCAUUGGGGAAUUAAAUGAAGCUCGCAUCCGAAAUGUUAUGUGCACGGGCGACAACAUUUUGACUGCCAUUAGUGUGGCAAGGGAGUGUGAACUGAUAGACCGCAACGCCCAUUGCUUUGUGGCGCACUUUGUUCAAGGCGACAAGAUGGAUCCAAAGGCACGAUUGACCUGGGAAAGUGUGGACAAUGCGAUCUAUCAACUCGACGAGAACACCUUGCUUCCUCUGCCGAUACCAGCUGAGGAUGACACUUCUGCACCAUACGAUGCGAUUGCUAUCGGCGAAUACACGCUGGCUGUGACUGGCGAUGCUUUCCGCUGGGUCAUUGAUUUCGCAUCCACCGAGGUCGUGGAAAGAAUGCUGGUCAAAGGAGCGGUUUUUGCACGAAUGUCUCCUGAUGAAAAGCACGAACUCGUCGAAAGACUGCAGGGUAUCGACUACUGCUGCGGAUUCUGCGGCGACGGUGCGAAUGACUGUGGUGCCUUGAAGGCUGCGGAUGUGGGUGUCUCGCUUUCAGAAGCCGAGGCGUCGGUCGCCGCGCCUUUUACCAGUCACAUCUUCGACAUCUCCUGUGUACCUGCUCUUAUCAAGGAAGGUCGAGCUGCUCUGGUGACGAGCUUUUGCUGCUUCAAGUACAUGAGUUUGUACUCGGCCAUCCAAUUCACGUCCGUCAGCUUCCUCUACGCAUCCGGGUCCAACCUGGGGGACUUUCAGUUCUUGUUUAUCGAUCUUGCCUUGAUCUUGCCCAUUGCCAUAUUCAUGGGCUGGACCGGCGCAUAUCCGGUUUUGAGCAAAAAGCGUCCAACUGCCAAUCUUGUCUCCAGGAAGGUCUUGACACCUCUUCUGGGUCAGAUUGUCCUGGCGGUAUUGGUUCAAUUGAUUGCCUAUGAGACCGUGCAGGACCAACCCUGGUACCAGCCGCCGCAACUGAACAAGGACAAGUCCAGUGUGGACAAUUCCCAGAAUACGGCCCUGUUUUUGGUAUCGUGCUACCAGUACACGCUCUCAGGGGUGGUGUUAAGCAUCGGGCCACCCUUCCGGCAGUCGAUGACAACUAAUGUUCCGUUCUGCGUGACGAUUGCGAUAGCUCUACUCAUGUCUCUAUACAUGCUCCUGGAUCCUGCGCAAUGGUUAGCUACCUUUAUGGACCUGACUGAGAUGUCCCUGGACUAUGAGCUGUUCCUGCUUGCAUUGGCGGCGGCUGCAUUCGCAAUCUCUUAUCUGGCUGAGCGGCAUUUCUUGCCUCUUCUCGCCAAGUAUGUGGGACGGCUCAAAUCGAGAUUACGACCAGCGCAUCCUAAGAAGAGGAAACGGUACAAGGUCAUUACAGAGGACAUUCUGAGGAGUAAAUAG